UGCUAGCAAACAAGUUGCUGAGCCCACAAAGCUGAGAUAGCCAACAAACUGUUGCGGUAGUUAGAUAUAUAUAGAUGGCGCCGAUGUAAAGGGUGGGGGUAGGGCUGACAACGCGUGGAAGAUCGGGUGAGCAUGCGGAUAUGUGACUGCACCUAGGAAAACCUGAAAAUGGACAAGUUCCAAGGGGGCACACUGUCACCUGCUAUCCAGCCUUGUGACCAGAACCAACAGAGGAAACGGGGUAAAGAGCCUGCUGAUCCCCACACAGACACACCACCUACUCUGAUGUUACCAAAUCCACAUGUGUCUGAUUGGAGUUUCAGAGGGAACACAAGGAGUUCAGGUCUGACCCAAAAGCAGCAAACGGCGAAUACAAAUGGAGGGCCAGCAGGAAAAGGGCUAGAUGUGUCGAGGAGCCACGGCUACAGCAGCAGCCGUCGGGUUAGAGAGACCAGGGAUGAUUUCCUGCAGAGAGACAGGACCAUACGGGGUCCUCAAGCUGAGACAUCAAAAGGCAAUAAUGGCUCUCCUGCUCAAAGCAAAGUUAUGGACAAUAUCUCACUGGAUGCCCCGAAAAAAGGUUAUAGAGGUGCCAGAUCUCUCUCGAACUCUGCGGAGAAGUCAAAACCAUCACACGCCGACUUUGUCCCAUUUGAAGUGAAGAUGACUGAUUUCCCAGAGUUAGCUGGCGGUUCGCCGGGCAAAGCACAACCUCCUCUGACUCAGAAAGAGUGCUGGGGUCCAACUCCUCCAUCCUCGAGCCCUCAGAAGCAAACAUCGGCAUCUUCCUGGAAUUCUGUGAGGAGAGGAUGUCCAACACAAACCGACCCCAAACAAAUUGCCAAUACUGCCGAGCCAGAUUCAUCUGCUGCGGCACCAGCUCAGCCUGCGGGGAAUUCCUGGGCUAAUGUUGCCUCUCAGCCUCCAAAGAAACCUGUCCCUAAGGAGAAAAUAAACAGCAGCAAGCAGACGGAGGAAAUGUCUGCACAGGAAGGAGCUCCGGGGAAGAAAAAACGGAAGAAAAAGAAGAAGAAGGCUCAAGGUGCUGGCGACGAUGCAGAAUAUGAGUCAGAAGAGCCAGCAAUGUAUCAGGAGCUUCCGAAAUUUGAGGAUGAAGAGGAGUUUCCAGGCUUGACUCCUUCUCAGACUGUAACUGAUAGACUGAUUACAAGCAGCUAUGCAGCAAAACUAUGCAAUGAGGAAAACCAAAGAGACGGUGUUAUGCAUCAGUCUGCCGACCACACCAAGGAAAUAUCACCUGCAGCGAAAACUCAGCCGACAGAGACGUCUAAGAAAGGACAGAAAGCUGAAAAGGUGUCCGGGAAGAAAAGCAAAGUUCCCGUUCAACUGGACAUUGGAAACAUGUUGGUCGCCCUGGAAAAGAAGCAAUCUCAAAAAUCCUCAAAGCAGGACGCCAAACCAGUCAUUGUCUCGGUUGGUGGCGGACUACCUGCCGUCCAGAAACAACCACUAGUCCAGAAGAAGCUGCCUUGGCAACAGGAUAAAAUUGCACACAAUCCUCUGGACUCCACCAGCCCGUUGGUGAAGAAAGGCAAGCAGAGAGAGGUGCCCAAAGCCAAGAAACCCACUCCUCUCAAAAAGGUCAUUUUGAAAGAAAGGGAGGAGAGGAAACAAAAACGUUUGCUGGAUGAGAGAGGACUGCCGCCUGAAUAUGAAGUCAAAGCUGCCAAUGAUGAUGCUAAUGAAGAAGCAGAAGAAGAAGAAGAGCCGUGUGAAACAAAUGCCACAGCCUCCGAUCAGGUUAGAAGUCCCACAGAAGAACUUGAUGAUCUGACAGAGUUUAACGGCACAAACCAGGAGGUGAGAGAGGGUGACGAAGAGGCCGAGAAUGACGAAAUCGUAGAGCCGCAGCCCACCUCACCUGUGCUCUGCCCAGUCAGUCGACCCAAAAUCCACAGCAGAAAGUUCCGAGACUAUUGCAGCCAGAAGCUGAGCAAAGACGUGGAUGAAUGUGUGACGGCUCUGCUAAAGGAGCUGGUUCGUUUCCAGGACCGCCUGUACCAGAAGGACCCCAUGAAGGCACGCAUGAAAAGACGCAUCGUGAUGGGGCUCAGAGAGGUUCUGAAGCACCUCAAACUCAGGAAGGUCAAGUGUGUCGUCAUCUCACCCAACUGUGAGCGCAUCCAGUCCAAAGGUGGCCUGGAUGAGGCUCUUUACACCAUCAUUGACAAUUGUCGGGAACAGGGGGUGCCAUUCGUGUUCGCCCUCUCCAGGAAAGCGUUGGGCCGCUGCGUCAACAAGGCCGUGCCCGUCAGUCUGGUGGGCAUCUUCAACUAUGAUGGUGCACAGGACUUCUAUCAUAAGAUGAUCGAGUUGUCGUCCGAGGCCAGGACGGCCUACGAGGUGAUGGUGUCCAGCCUGGAGCAGACGGGCCAGGCGGAUGCAGAUGCAGAGGAGGCAGAGAUCAUUGAGGGGAAGCUGCAGAUCAGCAGCCUGGCGGAGGAAGCUGAGCCCGGGCCUGACACCACACAGCCAGAGGAACCCGAGUACAUCAAAAUUUGGAAGAAAAUGUUGGAGAAGGAUUGCAACCACACAUUUCUAAACUUUGAGGAGCAGAUGAGCUCCAUGCACUUGGACAGUGUGUGGUCUGAAAACACGGACGAGGACGACAAGAGUUGACGGUGGCAAAUCCCUCUGUGCCUGAAAUGAUGAAUGAACCUACUGCUGCUGAUCAUCAGCGCAGAAUAAACUCGAAAUGGACUUAAUCCCACGUGCAAAUAAUGCUCCACUGCAGUGGUUGUGAACCUAAGGAUGCGUUGUCAGGAAAUCAAUUAAGUUACUAAAGUUUACAAUUAAUUACCUUUUGUAAUUAUUAUUAUUUUGACGGGGAAAAAAAAUAAUACAUCAAUCUUAAGUAAUGCUUCUUUGUUUUAGUGCAAGAUAAUUGAGAGAAGCUCUGUACUUUAAGAGUGUGUGUGAGGUUUAAUCACUAAUUCACAUAUUUAAGUGUUAGAUUUCCUUUUUUGCAUUAAAUUGUAUUGUUGGAGAAUGGUAUGUGUAUGGAGUUGUAACUUCAGGGUUACAUAUAGUGUGGGAAGUUUAAGCACUGAGGUUUUUUUGCUCUCAGGUGCUCACUAAACCAUUUUCCCCCCAAUAUUUUGUAAACUUACCAUUUAUAUCAUUUGUGACCAAAUUUAUUUCACAUUCAUAACCUGGUUUUUCACAGAUGUUCCAAGGGUGACUUCUGAAUUAUUUCUGUUCAUCACUUCACAAGCUCAAAAUGUAAUUGAUCCUUAUUUGACCCACGGUCUUGAAGCCCUCGGCCACCACGAGGGGAUUAAUUGUGGAGUUUAGAGUUGGAAUUUUGUUCUUCUUUUUUUAAUCCUGAUUGCACUACAUUGUAGAGCCUGUGUUUUUGAGUUUUUAUUUGUAUGAAACUACCAAAGUACUAAACAUGUCAUGUCUGUGAUUGGUGUAAAUGGUAGAGCAUUUUUCUUUCUUUUAAUCGUAAAAAAAAAAAAUCUAAAUAAUGUUAGGAAACAUGACCUGCUGUUUACUUGACUGUUAAAAAGCUGUAUUGGGA